UUCCUCUCUCUCUAUAUCUCAUUUUCUUUCACAACAAACCCAACAAACUCAAACAACUUUUUCUUUUGCCUCUCUGUAACUCUGCUUUUGUAGAGAAUAGAAAUAUAUACAUAUAACAGUGGUUACUGUUGGGGGAGGUGGGUAUGAAAUGAAUAGAACGUGAAAUGGGAGGCGGCUUUUCGUGUUUUACCAACCCGGCGGUGGUGAACCGGACUGAACCGGAGGUAAUAUUCACCGGCAGCGAACCGCUCGACGAAACCCUAGGCCAUUCCUUCUGCUACGUUAGGUCAUCCGCCCGGUUUGGUCUCUCUCCGACAAACUCGGACCGGUUCGUUUCGCCUUCUCAGUCUCUCCGGUUCGAUAAUGAACCGGCUCCGUUAAGGAGCGAAACCGGAUUCAGAGCCAUUUCAGGUGCUUCUGUUAGUGCAAAUACUUCUACUCCCCGAACUGUCCUCCAACUUGACAAUAUUUACGACGAUGGCACUGGUAGUGUUGUGAAUGGUUUUGAAAGUACGUCGUCGUUUAGCGCUUUACCUCUUCAACCGGUUCCUCGAACCGGUUUAAGCAACGAACCGUCUGGUCCAACGGAAAGAGAGAGGGCGUUCUUCAUGUCCGGUCCGAUCGAGCGAGGAGCUCUAUCCGGUCCACUAGAGCCCGCCGUUCCAUUCUCAGCUCCGUUGGGUGGUGACGGCAUUUACGUAAAAAAGAGAAAGUCGAAGGGCAUUAAUGGAAUUAAAAAGGCCUUUAAACGGCCGUGGGUGGUGCCAGUGAGAAACUACUUCAUAGGUAAAAAGGAAAUUAACUGUACACGUGAUUAUAGUGGAUGGCAUUUACGUAAUAAUGUGAAUGUUGAAUGGGCAUUAGGAAAAGCGGGGGAGGAUCGUGUGCAUGUGGUUGUAUGUGAAGAACAUGGGUGGCUGUUUGUUGGGAUUUAUGAUGGGUUUAAUGGACCUGAUGCACCUGAAUUCUUGAUGAGUAAUCUGUACAAAGCAAUGAACAAAGAAUUGGAGGGUUUGUUUUGGGAUAGUGAAGAUACUAGUCGUAGUAAUAAUAACCAAGAAAGCGAAAAAAAUGCAAGUUUAAAUAAUGCAAAUAUAGGAAAUGAAGUGAUCAUUGAGGAAUCGAAUGAAGCUAAUUCGAAUGGAGUGCAUAAGGAGAUGAGUAGGGGGGAUAGGGGAGUAAAAGAAGCUGAAAAUGAGGUUAAUUUGGCUCAGAUGGAUAAAGGGUGUGAAAAGAAGGUGAUAUUUCAGUCAGAAAAUGCAAAUAUAGAAAAUGAAGUGAUUGGUGAGGACUCGAAUGAGCCACAUUGGAAUCGAGGACCUAAGGCCACAAGUAGGGGGACUAGGGGAGUAGAAGAAGGUGAAAAUGAGGUUAAUUUGGAGCAGCUAGAUAAAGGGUCGGAAAAUGAAGUGAUCAUUGAGGACUCAAACGAACCAAAUUUGAAUCGAGCAGCUAAGUUGACGAGUGGGGGAGAAAGGGGAGUAGAAGAAGGUGAAAAUGAGGUUAAUUUGGAGCAGCGAGAUAAAGCCCGUAAAGGGUCGGAAAAUGAAGUGAUUGGUGAGGACUCGAACGAACCACGUUCGAAUCGAGCACUUGAUGCCACAAGUAGGGGAAAUAGGGGAGUAGAAGAAGGUGAAAGUGCGAUUAAUUUGGAACAGAUGGAUAGAGGGUCUGAAAAGAGAGUGACAUUUCAAUCAGGGGAGAUAGAGGUUAGGAGGAGGAGAUUGUGGGAAUUUUUAGCAGAAGAUGAGACAGAGGAUGGUCUUGAUCUUUCGGGUUCAGAGAGAUUUGCAUUUUCAGUAGAUGAUGCUUUAAGUGUAAAUAGUGCAGGUUCAGCAGUUAAUAGGAGGUCGUUGCUGUUGUCGAAGUUGAAACAUGGUUUGUCAAUUAAUAAGCACAAAGAGAGUAACAGGUUAUUCCCAUGGAGAUUCGGAUUGCAAGCUAAAAAGAAGGUUGAAGUAGGGGAGAAUAGAGUGGAGGAAAGGAUUGAUAGAAGUGAAAGGAAGCGUAAGGUGGGUCCGGUUGAUCAUGAGUUGGUUUUGAGAGCAAUGUCAAGAGCUCUCGAAGUCACUGAGCUCGCGUACUUGGAUAUGACAGAUAAAGUUCUUGAUCGGUACCCUGAGCUUGCAUUAAUGGGUUCUUGUUUGUUGGUUGCUUUGAUGAGAGAUGAAGAUGUGUAUGUAAUGAAUGUGGGAGAUAGUCGUGCUAUUGUGGCUCAGUAUGAGUCUGAGGAGGUUAGUUCUAGUUCAGAAUCAAUAGUUCCAGGCAACUGUGAGUUGGCCGUUGAAGGCAUUGCUGAAGAAUCUGUAGUUGCUGGUGAUGAGGAAAAUAAAGCGACGAAUGAGAUACCUAUUCAAGCUAUGAAGCUGACUGCCUUGCAAUUGUCAACUGAUCACAGCACUAGCAUUGAAGAAGAAGUUAUUAGAAUCAAGAAUGAACACCCAGACGACCGCAAUUGCAUUGUUAAUGAUAGAGUGAAAGGUCGUUUAAAGGUCACUCGCGCUUUUGGGGCGGGCUUCCUGAAAAAGCCUAAAUUGAAUGAUGCAUUGCUAGAAAUGUUUCGGAACGAGUACAUUGGGGAUGCUCCUUACGUAUCUUGUAAACCUUCGCUGCGCCAUCAUAGACUCUGUCCUAAGGAUCAGUUUUUGGUGCUAUCCUCUGAUGGCUUGUACCAGUAUUUGAGCAAUCAAGAGGUGGUUUGUCAUGUUGAGAAUUUCAUGGAGAAAUUCCCUGAUGGGGAUCCUGCUCAGCAUCUUAUUGAGGAGCUCUUAUUCCGUGCAGCCAAGAAAGCUGGAAUGGAUUUUCAUGAAUUGCUGGACAUCCCCCAGGGAGAUCGUAGGAAGUACCACGACGAUGUUACUGUUAUGGUGGUAUCUCUUGAGGGAAGAAUUUGGAAGUCGUCUGGGAAAUACCCCUGAGUUUUUACAAUUUCCAUGUAUAGUGGUGCUGCAAUUUUGAUCUCUUGAGCUGGGAUGUUGAGAACAGUGGUGGAAGCUGGACAGUCGCUCAAGCUCACAGCUCCGGUUAUCCCCUUGACAACAGCCAAAUCUAGUGCUAGAAAUAUGACAAGGCUCGUAAAAAGUAGAAAUUUUGUAGCUGGGAUUGCUCAGAACUGCUGCUAGAAAAGAAAGAAACAGGAUCUCUUCAUUUAGUUUCUUUUUAGAUUUUGCACAGUAGAAUAGUUAUUUUCAUUCUUUCAAGUUCUUUUUCUCUUUUUGCCCCCAUCUCAUCUACUCUUUAGAGCCAAAAUCAAGUGAUUGUGACAAGGUGGUUGGCUUAGUUACGAGUUCUAGCCUUCUAGGCAAUAUAUCUGUAUUUUGGAGGUGGAUAUUCACCAAUCAAUUCAGUUUACAGAGAAGAGAAGUCUUGUUGAACCCUUAUGUAAAAAGUUAUCUUACAGAAUGGGGUAAAGGGAAAGGUACAUCACAUACUUUUUA